CUGCUGUCAAUCACAAACACCGACUGAACGGAUUUCUCGUGAAGCGACGGGAAAAGAGCGGGAGGCGCGUGAUUGGCGCGCAAAUCUCUCCCGCUCCGAGCGCGCGCGGCGGAUUCAGUUGCUCUCGCGCUGCUGCAAGGACGCUGGCUCCAUUCAAACGCGCGUCCAGAAACCGGAGUAAAUACUGCUUUUAUCUACUUUUAUUGGAUGUUAAGUGAAGACCAAUGUCUCCGUGGACUCGGUUGGUCAGCUCUUCCUGAUAUUUCCGAGAAAUGUCCGUUUAUACGCGGCGCCACAGACAGACUCCAGCGGACUGAAGCCCUCUCCGUCUCACCAUGACCUUCUUCAGCUCUUUAUUCACCCUCCUCUUCAUCAGCAGGUUUCUGGAGAACUCUCUGCUCAGCGCCGAGGUGAAAGACGGAGAGAUUCUUCCUCCGACCAUCCAGAAGCUGAUGAAAGGAUACAACAAAUACCUCCGGCCUUUCUUUGACAAUGGUCCCGUCACGGUGGGCAUGAGUUUAGACAUCGCCAGCAUUGAUACGAUAUCAGAGAUCAACAUGGAUUACACGGCCACGAUCUUCCUCCGUCAGCGCUGGACGGACGAGCGGCUGGUGUUUGAUGGGAAUAAGAGCUUGAGUCUGGACGGGCGACUGGUGGAGCUGCUGUGGGUCCCAGACACCUUCAUAGUGGACUCCAAGAAGUCCUUCCUCCACGACAUCACUGUGGAGAACCGACUGAUCCGGAUCUUUCCCAACGGAACCGUUCUCUAUGCGCUCCGGAUCACCACGACUGUAGCCUGUAACAUGGAUCUGACCAAAUAUCCCAUGGACAAACAGACGUGCACCUUACAACUGGAGAGCUGGGGUUAUAACGUGAAUGACGUGAUGUUUUACUGGGCGCGUGGGAACGACUCUGUGAGCGGUUUGGACACGCUGAGACUGGCUCAGUACACCAUAGAGGAUCAUUACACCUCAGAAUCUGAGGCCGUCUAUGAGACCGGAAAUUAUCCCAAGCUGAUCUUUCAUUUCGAGCUGAAGAGGAGCAUCCUGUACUUCAUCCUGGAGACUUAUGUGCCGUCCAGUCUGCUGGUGGUGCUGUCCUGGGUCUCUUUCUGGAUCAGCCAAUCGUCCGUCCCCGCUCGCAUCUGCAUAGGCGUGACGACUGUCCUGACGAUGACCACACUGAUGAUGGGUGCACGGACGUCUCUGCCCAACGCCAACUGCUUCAUCAAGGCCAUCGACGUGUACCUGGGCAUCUGCUUCAGCUUCAUCUUUGGAGCGCUGAUAGAGUACGCUGUGGCCCACUUCUGCACGCUACAUCACCCAGACUGCAACAGCGCACUAAUGUACGGUCAUCACAUGCACGAGUGUGAGGAGGAGAUGAAUGGCAUCGUCACCACCAUCGCCAGCAACUCUUUACGGCUAAAGCGGCGCAAAGAAUCUCCUGCACCCACACCCCCCGCCGGCGGAGAGCCUGACCUCGCACCCUCCAGCCCGACCCCCAGCGAACCCAAGACUGCCGAGGCCCCCGCUGAGCUCUUUAGCCGCUGUGCCAAAAACAUCUCCGUCCUGAGGAAGAUCCUGAAAUCCAUUAACUGCUGUCAUGUGGAAAACCCACAUUAUAUAGACAACUACUCAAGGUUAACCUUCCCGUUGUCAUUCGUCAUCGUUAAUCUGCUCUACUGGACCUACUACCUGUACUUUUAACCAGCACAUCAUGUUGAAUCAUUUCUGUGUGCUAGUAAGUAUGAUAUUAUACGUAUGCGCGUGUCUCUGGAAGACCAGUAGAGAAUCAACAGAGAAGGAGAAUUAUUAGGGUUGUACCGAUAUCAAAUCUUUCAGCCAAUAACUGUAGCCGAUAUUUGAUAUUUGCCAAUACUGAGAGGGAUCAUUCAGAAUAAUAUCUGCCGAUACCAAUAGUGAUUAUUCAGAAUAAUAUCUACAGAAACCAAUUAUUCAGAAUAAUAUCUGCCGAUACCAAUAGUGAUUAUUCAGAAUAAUAUCUGCCGAUACCAAUUAUUCAGAAUAAUAUCUGCCGAUACCAAUAGUGAUUAUUCAGAAUAAUAUCUACAGAAACCAAUUAUUCAGAAUAAUAUCUGCCGAUACCAAUAGUGAUUAUUCAGAAUAAUAUCUACAGAAACCAAUUAUUCAGAAUAAUAUCUGCCGAUACCAAUAGUGAUUAUUCAGAAUAAUAUCUACAGAAACCAAUUAUUCAGAUUAAUAUCUGCCGAUACCAAUAGUGAUUAUUCAGAAUAAUAUCUACAGAAACCAAUUAUUAAGAUUAAUAUCUGCCGAUACCAAUAGUGAUUAUUCAGAAUAAUAUCUACAGAAACCAAAUAGUCAGAAUAAUAUCUGCCGAUACCGAUAGUGAUUAUUAAAAAAUAUAUAUCUGCCAGUACAGAGUGCCGAUUAUUCAUAAUGACAUCUGCCGAUACCAAUAGUGAUUAUUCAGAAUAAUAUAUGCAAAUAACGAUUGCUGAUUAUUCAGAAUGAUAUGUGUUGGUACCAAUUAUUCAUAAUAAUAUGUACCGAUAUUAUUAUGCAGAAUAACUGCCGAUAUCGGUAGCAGAUUAUUUAGAUUGAUAUCUGCCGAUACCUAUAGCAGAUUAUUCACCAUGAUCUCUUCCUAUAUGAUUAUUCAGAAUAUCUGCCGAUACUAAUAGCGGAUUAUUCAGAAUGUUACAUUCCGAUACGAUUAUUUAGAAUUAUAUCUAAUGCAAUGCAACUAACAGAUACAGAUACUGACAGCCAAUUAUAUCUGCUGAUACUGAUACAAAUACUGAUACCGAUUAUACAGAAUGAUUUCUGAUGACACUACAGAUCUAUAAUUAUAAUUUGUGCUAUAAUCUCCAUUACUACAUUUAUCAUAUUGCUUACAAUGGCAGUAAACAGAGCAGCACACAAAAGCAGAAAUGUCAACUUCUUGAAUUAUUCACUAAAUCCCUGUUAUUGUCAUUCUUGCAGUGGAUUACUUUUCUAGGUGGAUAAAACUAGGAACAUAAUUCCUGUGAGUCGCUUAUUCUGCAUGGAAAAUGUCCUGUCUGUUUAUUGUGUAAAUUUGGAGUGUUUACCAGCUUUAAAUGUGCUACAGAUGCCGUUGACAAAGAUUACCUUGCAUUGAACACAACCUGUAAAAUAGAGAGGAGACAUGUUAAGUAUAUGUAGUGCCUCAUAUAUGCAUCUCACUAAUAGAGUCCGCAUCAGGUUUGGCGUUUGUUGUGGAUGAUGGUGGAUAUUUGACCCUGGAUCUCCACAGUGAUUACCAUGAUUAAAUCCUGUAAAAGUAACUAAAGAUAAACUGAGGAAAAUGCAUGUGAAUUUCAUAAUCAGAUUACUGGAAAUCUAAGAAAAUGUGGCUGAGGAGGAUGACCAGAGUAGACCUUAAAAUCAAUAUUAAAUCAAAAGUCAGUAAACUUUUCCAUUGAAAUCAUCUCGGCUGUUGACUAUUAGAUAUUGCUUAUCUUAAAGGGGUCAUCGGAUGUAAAAUUCACUUUUACAUGUUGUUUGAACAUAAAUGUGUGUUGGCAGUGUUUUAACACAUCCACCCUAUAAUGAUAAAAUUUAAUCAAACUUUCUGAAAUAAUGGCCAUAAUUUAAUGCUGAUAAAUGUUAUGUAAUAGAGGUUACAGCAAUAAUAACAAAUAAUGAUAUAUUUGAUAAAGAACCACCAUCGCUGGAACUUUGUUGACUUUUACAUCCCCAAAAUGCUAGCUUUUAUCACAAGAGAAAAAAACAAGGAGAAUUUUAGUAUUUGAAGGUGUUUGAAUGUGAUUGUUAGAAACUGUGAGUUUUUUCAUCAUUUAUGUGCAUUUCUGUGUGUGAGUGUUGAUCAUCAUUGGCUGGGAGUCGUUGAAACAGUACAAUGCAGUAAAAUAUUAUCAAAAGGGCCUAACAAGUUGAUAUCCUAAAGGUUUAGUUCAUUUAAAGCGGAAACCAAUGUUGUUAACUCACCCUCACUUCCACUGAAAACCUGCAUGACUGUUCGAAUCUCAUUUCCAUUUGCAGUCAAUUCAAAUAUGACAGCAGGUUUUACAUAUUCUGUGUCUUGUCCUUGACACCAGGGCUGAAGUGAUUGGAUGAUAUUAUUAACAACAUCGACAAUUAAAUAUUUUUGUUCUCUAAUAUAAGGGCCUAUAAUAACACAGUUUAACUAGUUUGCUGCUGUAGUUCAUCAGUCCAAGAGAAGAAGACACUUGUGAGACGUGCAAUGUGGAAAUAUUUUACAAAACUGCAAAAAAUAAAUGCUGUAAUGUAUGAAGUCCACAAGUUUUUUUUGCAUACUUCACAUAAGAGUAAAAAUGUAUUUUAUAUACACAAGCAGUACUGUAUUGUUAGCUGAGAGCGUUAUUUAGAUGAAUAUGUAAAUAUAUACUGUGCAUUUCCUUUCCAUAACAAAAUUAAAAAUGCACAGCAAAAAAUGAAAGCCAUGAGAAAGCAGCGGUUAAGAAAGCAUCUGAUUGUAGUGCAUGUUUAUUGUUUAUUUGUCAAAUAAAC